AUGAAAUCAUAUAUUAUAGAUAAAGACUUAGGAUAAGGAACAUUCAGCAAAGUUAAAUUGGGGAUUCACAAGCUCACUGGUGAAAAGGUAUAGUAACAUCGUUAGUUGAAUUUAGGUGGCUAUAAAGAUAAUUGACAAGACCAAAUAACAGGAGUCUGAUUAUGUAAGGAUUCAUCGUGAGAUUUCGAUUCUGAGAAAACUAAGACACCCUAAUGUGGUGCAAUUAUUUGAAGUAAGCCAUUUGCAUAGUAGAUUGUCGAAAGUGACACCAAGUUGUACAUUGUUACUGAAUAUGCUAGUGGAGGAGAGCUCUUUGACCAUAUAGUGCGCAAUAAACGUCUUGAGGAACGAGAAGCUGCUAGACUAUUCAUCUAAUUGAUACAUGCAGUUACUUAUAUUCACGAUCAUCAAGUCGUUCAUAGAGAUUUAAAACCAGAAAAUGUACUACUCAACGAAGGCACUCUUAAAGUAGUUGAUUUUGGAUUAUCCUCCACUUAUCAGCCUGGACAGAAAUUGAAAACGCCUUGUGGCAGUCCUUGUUAUGCAGCUCCUGAAAUGUUACAGGGACUCUCCUACGAUGGUCUAUUUACUGAUAUAUGGUCUAGUGGAAUCAUAUUGUAUGCGAUGAUUUGUGGGUAAUUCUAUAAACUUAAUUUCAGUUGCGUCCCUUUUGAGGAUCAAAAUACAAAGAGAUUAUAUGAAAAGAUCAAGACUUCCGAUUUCCAUUUACCCAAACAUGUUAGCUUGUAAGCAGGUGAUUUACUCAAGAAAUUACUGAUGAAGGAUCCUUAAUAAAGGAUUACACUACAAGAAAUCAAGAAUCAUGACUUCAUCAAAUUUGCUGGUUAAUAUUCUAUCCCUCAUUCACUUAAGAUUGACAAUGAUAUUGUACAAUAAAUGGUGUAAUAUGGAUUGUCCAAUCAAUCAGAAAUCAUUGAGUAGAUUCAAAACAAUAAGCAUAAUCAAAUUACAACUACCUAUUACCUUUUACAAAAUAAAAACCCUUAAUCCCAAUAGCAAUUUCAGUAAUCAACAUUCAAUAAAAUUACAUAACAACUUAUUUCUUAGGUACCACACAGUCAAAUCAACGAAAAUACUCCCUACAUAUUUAAAAUCAAACUUAAGAGCAAAUCUCCAUAUCAAUAACAAGAUAAACAAAAUGAUGUUACAUUAGCACACAUUACGUCAUCUCCAAGAAAAAAUCAUUUAGAAAAUUCAAACAAUAUUUCUAUUACUAAAAAGAUGUAUAUAAUUAUUAAAAAAUAUUUCCAAUAGACGAACCAAAACUAGAUCUCAAGAACCAAUUCAAAAACGUGAACCUUCUCUUAGCAAUCAAUAACCACUCACCAAACAAACAAAACAAGUUUAAAUUGGAGAAUUCUUUAAGAAAACUGAUAAUGAUUAAUUUGUAAACCAACCACGAUAAAGUUCCAUCCCUCAAGGAUAUAAUAAAUUUAUCAUCACUGAACGUGUCAGUAUGCAAAAUAACACAUCCAUCUCCAAGAUACCCUCUAGAUAAGGAAGAUUAUCAUUCAAAAUAGAGCAAAAACCCUUGUCAACCUAACCUAAUGAGAGUAAUAAAGAUGGCAAACACUAAAAAUCUACUUCAAAUACAAAAAAACCAACUGAAAUCAGCUCCAAUUAGAAACUCUUACAAAUGGAUUCUAUAGCUACACAAAUUUAAAAUAAUAUUUAGAAUAGGUUUCUAAUUUAUAAAAAGAAAAUCAAACAAUGAGAAUAAAUUUUUGAUUUUCC